AACUGGGGCGUAGUUUAGAAUUUAUUUUCACAUGCAUGACUGCAUCUUAAUUGACCGUCUGCGGGUCAUCGUUUCUAAUCAAUCGAUUCCGAACAGAGUGCAGUGGGCGAUCUUCUCGUUUUGGAGGAAGCAAAGUAUGGAUUUCAUUAAAAGAAAAUGAGAAUUCACACCAAGAAUGUCCCCUAACAGGAACUGGCCUGUGAUUCGGAAUCUCAACCCCCAAAAAUUCAAUGAGCAAAGAAUAGUAAGGUCUUAUAAAUAGCAACACAGGGUCAUGGCGGGCACCCUUCUCUCUCUUUCCCUCUCUCUCUCCCUCCCUCCUUUCCUCUCCCUCUAUUUUCUUUCACCCACCAACCAACCAUAUUGCACCACAAUCUUCUUUCUGCUUCGUCGUCAUCACCUUUGCCGUUUAACCAAUCUUUUCUAGCCUGUAUUCUUAGAGAACCCAUCCUCUCUCUCUUUCUCUCUCUCUCCAUUAAAGAAAAGAGAGGGGGAGAGAAGACAGGGGGAGAGGAUGAAAAAUCUUAUGUGGUUAAAUUUGAGAAUGAUGUACAUGGAGAAGAAAUGGAUGCUGAUGCUGGGCGUCGUCUCCUUCGUCUCCCUCCUCCUGCUUUUCAUCAUGACGUCCGGCGCCGCUUCGUCGUUGCCCUUCUUCGGAGGGCGGAGCUCCGACAAUAAGCCCGUCUUCGUGGAGGCCAAGCUCUCCGCCUCCUCCUCACGCCCUUCGCCAGCUUCUACUUCUUCAUAUGGUUCCAGUGGCGCUGGUGGCGUUCGAGUCCCCAGGAUCGCGUACCUGAUCUCGGGGUCGGUCGGGGAUGGAGAGGCCUUGAAGAGGACGCUGGAAGCUCUCUACCAUCCGAUUAACGAGUACGUCGUCCACCUCGACCUGGAGGCGCCAAUGGACGAGAGGCUGGGGUUCAUUCAGUACGUCAGGAAUCACCCGGUUUACGCCAAGAUCGGGAACGUUUACGCGGUUACGAAGGCAAAUUUGGUCACCUACAGAGGCCCCACCAUGGUCGCCAACACCCUCCAUGCCGUUGCCAUCCUCCUCAAGAAGAGCGGCGAUUGGGAUUGGUUCAUCAAUCUCAGUGCGUCCGAUUACCCCCUCAUUACCCAAGAUGAUCUUCUACAUACACUGACAGACAUUCCUAGAGGCUUGAAUUUCAUCGAGCAUACAAGCGACAUUGGUUGGAAAGAGUUUCAAAGGGCCAAACCUAUUAUCAUUGAUCCAGGGCUCUACAUGACCCAAAAAAGCGAUGUAUUUUGGGUUUCUGAGAGACGAAGUGUUCCUACAGCAUUUAAGCUGUUCACAGGAUCUGCUUGGAUGAUGCUUUCAAGAUCAUUCAUGGAGUUCUGCAUAUGGGGUUGGGAUAAUCUCCCAAGGACAGUUCUCAUGUAUUAUGCCAAUUUCAUAUCUUCUCCUGAAGGAUAUUUUCACACGGUCAUUUGUAAUGUCAACGAGUUCCGCAACACCACUGUUAAUCAUGAUCUACAUUUUAUAUCCUGGGACAAUCCUCCCAAACAGCACCCGCAUUUUCUUAAUCUUGAAGAUUUUCAGAGGAUGACAGAUAGUAAUGCUCCAUUUGCAAGGAAGUUUCACAGAGACGACCCAGUGCUUGAAAAGAUUGACAAGGAACUCCUAGGGCGUUCUGCUGGUGCACUUGUCCCGGGUGGUUGGUGUGCUGGAGAAACACACAACGGUAGUGAUCCUUGUUCAGUCAUUGGCAAUAGAACAUUACUCAAGCCAGGACCAGGCGCAGCUCGGCUGAAAAAUUUGAUCACAGGUCUUCUUUCAGCGGAGGAUUUCCGUGAGAAACAGUGCAAGUAGGUGUUACAGGAGAAGCAGAUUAGUGCAAGUGCUGUCCGUUGCCACUGUAACCGGGUGAGGUUUCUCUUGGGUAUUUGUUGUAUAGCAGCAUGGAGACCUGUAGGGUGGCAAAGACGGUGGGACUUCGAGAUGCUGGUUGGGGGAUUUCAUGAGGUGGAAGCUGGUGACAAGUGGCCUCUGUAGAAUUGGUCAGUGGUUUUUCCUGCCGUUGUCAUCAUUCUUUAGCCUUCCUUGCUAUACUUACACUGCGGUAGGUUCUGUGAUAUCUUACCCUAUGCAGCCCGCAGUUCUUCUUUCGGCUCAUAGAUCCACGGGAGAAUCUUUAUAAAUUGAUAUCACUAUGUAAUCAAUAUAUUAGUUAGCAUAUUUUGCAUUUACAUUC